GAAAGCUCACUCCAUGACGUCGCCACAGCUUCCUCCUGGACAGAGACAUCCAAUACGAAGGUGAGCAACCACAAUGUCCACCAACAAAUGCCACUUCAACUCAUGCCAUAAGACGCGGCGCAGUCAGCGAGAACCAGGAGGUUCACCCAGCAAGCUGACAUCCGCCAUGGCCGAAGCCUGUUUCAGCAUGUCAUACAGAACCAGACAAGAGGAGUCUCUGUCUGAUCAUCAGCCUUGUCAAUGUCCGGCCGACAGACGGGUAUUCUAUAUCGAUAAUAUCGGUGAGAAGAAGUGCAUAUAACUUCUCUCCACCGCCAGUCAAAGCAGAGGGUGCAUUCACACAGUCCUUCACAUCCUCCCCUCAUCCAGCUCUUCAGCACUGACCAAAAACCAUGCACCUCAUCCGCACCCUCUUUCUGACUUCAAGCCUGUCCCUGGCGCACGCCAGCGUCCUACCCUCCACCCCCAAGCCCGGCAUCAGAGCCCUCUCCAAGCGGGCUGAGCCCAACACAGGGGAAGACUUCCCCGAAGACGAAGAGCCCGUCCCCAACCGUCUCAACAAAGUCGAAACCGCCUUCAAAGACGCCAUCGAGUUGACCUCUGCCGUCUUGUCCUUCAUUGAAACCGACGAGACAAUCUAUCCCCACUACUUUGACCCGGCAGACCGUGAGGAAAUUACCCGAAUCUUCAGAGACCUUAACAAUGACGGCGAAGGUCAUGACAUGCUGGGGAACUUCCUCGUGCAAACUACCGAUCUUGACAAUGCCUGCGGUGAUCGUGGAUUGGCGUACUCGGGUGAUUACAAUACUGAGCAGCCUUUUAUCGUGGUUUGCCCUCGUGCUUUCAACAAGAAGGCUAUUGGUGAUCUUGAGGGGAAAGACCGUGGGGAUGAGGAUGCGAGGGACUUCUAUGCUGCUUGUGCUGAGGAUGGGGGGGAUAUUGCGGAUAAUGUCAGCUUUCAUUUUAACACCCUCGGAAUGACACUCCUCCAUGAGUACCUCCACUAUGACCUCAUGAUCCAGUCUUCCUUCGGAUCUAUUGUUGACAAUCCUGAUGGUGAACCUGGCUAUGGCCCGGUUGCCGUUUAUGAUCGGUUGCCGAAAGAUUUGGCUCGGGUCAAUGCUGACAGUUACGCGUAUUAUGCUGCGGAGGUGUAUUGGUCUCUGAUCUGCCAGAAAGAGUUCCAGGGCCCCCGUGAGGGCAUUGAUGACGCCGACCCUGACUGUGGAGAGCAGACUUGCGAGACUUGAUUCUGAAAACAAUGAACGAGAUACCUAGCUAGGUACACAGGGAAGCAUUUGGUCCGAGCGUUUGGUUGUAGAGGAGAGCUCUUGGAUAAUGCUUACAGGUCUUGAAUUGCAGGUUGAAUCACAUGUGGAAGAUGCUUGGCGCUUGUAUCUGAAUAUCUGUUUGAUUGGCAUAUAAAGCCUUUCUAGUCCUUAGAAUUAGUUGCAUCCGUCAGCCUUGUCCCCUCAGAGCUCUUGAAAUACCCAGCGUUCACAAUAUCUGACUCUGUCAUUAUUCGUUGGACUCAAUGUCAACAUUUGCA